UAUCUAUCCGUUCUCACCGGUUCUUGCAUAUUGCAGUUAUGCGGAUAAGCAAGUUUCAGGUGCCUUUUAUCCGGGCACAGGCGUCAAUCUAACACACUUAUCCCCAUUCAUUAUGCCACUGCUGACCAUACUGAAGAUCUGUCACUGGGGCUCCUGCUUGGCUGCCAUGUCAGCCUCAUCCUAUGAUUGCCAGGCAUCGACCAAGCAAGAGCGUCUUAAAUGUACGUGAGAUGUCUCUGUGGCUGUUCAUGGGCGCACAGUCUUGGCUCGUUUCUGGUACGACGGGGCUUCAGCCUUUAAGCCAGAAGACAAUGCUAAACGGCUGGCCUGAGGCCCCGCAAAGCUUCGGGCCCAUCCACCACAUCUUUCCCAAGACGCCCAAGACGCCCAAGACUCCCCCGCAAACCCCCAGGCCAGGACAGUGUUACAGGAUACGCCAGCCAUAUAUGGGUUCAGGAGGCACACCUAGGUUGAACAAACCCGUGCUGCGCUCUUAGUACGCAAAAUAUAUAUACCCCUGAUCAGAAGCUAGAAGUCUAUUCAGUUAUCUAUAACAAGACUAAGCCCGCCCACACUAACCGGCACUUUCUUAACCAUUCAUAGAUCAACACCACCUAGGCCGGACUGUGAUUUCUCCCAUCUCUUCCAAGUCAUGUGCCCUGCCAUACGCAUCGAGAUAAUCGAAUAAGUCGACGGGGAAUCUCCAAGGAGGGUCUUACUGUGGGCAGUACACACUGCUCAUCUGGAUCAGCGAGGCAAGCAAUGAGGCAAUACGACUGGUAUUGUAGGUUGGU